AUGAUGUCAUCUGUGUUAAAGAAAGUGAAUCUGGGAGAUCUAGAAGAGAAAUUUCAGCAGAAAAAAAUAACACCCGAUCUUGUUUGUAAACUCUCAGUACAAGAGCUAGAAAGUCUAGGGUUAACCUCUCGAAGAGACAUGAUGGCUCUCAGAAUCGAGUGAGCAACGUUUGGAGGAGAAGCACCAAGGAAAGUCAAAGCAACUUGUGUAGCACCAUCAUUCUCCAUUCCUAAGUGUAUUCUUGAGAAUUUGUUAGGGGACGGUUUCACUAUCAAAGAAAAUUCUACUAUUUUGUCUGUUUCUGAAAGUACUAUUUACCACAGGAUGAGUCUCUUUGGACUAAGCGAGUCAGAUUUCACAGACAUUGCAGAUUCGGAACCAGAUCAGCACAUUGAAAACAUUACUGAAGAUUUUCCAUACUGCGGAGAAAGUUUAAUCAAGCAAUUCCUGAUCGAGAAAGGGAUUAUAGUGCAAAGGAGGCGUAUUAGAGAUAGUUUGCACCGAGUGAACGGAGAUGGAGUAAAUGCUAGGAAACAAGGGCGCCUGCAUAGACGCGUCUACGAUGUACAGGGACCUAAUCACCUUUGGCAUAUAGACACGAAUCACAAGUUGGUGCGGUGGUACUUUGUAGUUUUUGGUGCGAUUGAUGGAUUUAGUCGUCUGCCAGUGGCACUAGAAUGUAGAAGCAAUAACAAGGCUGAGACUGUGCUUGAAUGUUUUUUGAAAGGUGUGUAA